AUGGAAACCAAUGGCACCACAAGGAAGACCACAUCAACAACAGAAUACCAGGACUUGUUGCCAGUUAUGGCAGAGAAGCUGGACGUGGAGAGCUUUGUGUCCGAGUUAUGCGGGGGUUUUCGGCUUCUGGCAGACCCCGGAAGAGGUUUGAUCACCCCGGAGAGCCUGAAGAAGAAUUCGGCGUAUCUCGGCAUGGAGGGCAUGAGCAAAGAGGACGCGGAGGCGAUGGUUGGGGAAGGAGAUCUUGAUGGAGAUGGUGCACUCAAUGAGACUGAGUUUUGUAUCCUGAUGGUGAGGCUGAGUCCUGAGAUGAUGGAAGAUGCUGAGACAUGGCUUGAGAAAGCUCUUGAUCAAGAAACUCAAAAGUCCUCUAGCACUUGA